AUGUCUACUGAACAAUACAAUAUAACUGACGACGAUGCUUAUCUAGAUUAUGACUCCGACUAUGCCUCUUCAGGCGACGAAUCCCUGCUUCUGGAAUACGAUGCGCUAUCAGCACAAGAGCAAUGGGAAGAAAGCAUGAACCAAAUUCAAAUGGUGUUAGGAUUAGUCUUGUUUCCAUUGGUGGGGAAGUUGUUAGGAAGGCGGUUUAGCAAACUAGUUUGGAGGCGAUUUGCUGAUUGGUGGUGGGUAUGA